CAAUCACCAUGCCACGUAUUCUGCUAGUGCUAGUGCUUGCACUGAGUUGCGUGGCCUCGGUAGCGGCUGAAGCGCUGUAUGCGCAGAAUCUGCAUGCGCUUGAUCUAGCUGAUCACAGCCACCUUGGUCACGAGCUUGAAAGUGAUGGCGUCGUGGUGCGCUGUCGCUCGUGCGGUGCCCCUGUCGCGUUGAAGAAGGACUUCAUCGACCUGCACGACACCUCCAAAGCCGUGGGUAGUCGCCACGAGGCUGUGCUGGGCAAUGACGCUGAACUCUUCACCUUCGUGAACCCUAGUAGGGCCGAAUUUGAGCUAGCCGGCUUCAAGAAGGUGCUGGGUAUAGAGGGCGAGGUCUUCUCCAAGAAGGCAACAGUCUUCGACGACUACAGUUGGCGAGAUAUUCGCUGUACUAGCUGCAAGAGACACGUCGGGUGGGCGUUCUACCACGACGAGUUGCAACAGUGUAUCAAUACACAAUUAGUGGAGUCUAUCACCGCCAAGAGAGCUAAGGAGAAGCUGCUGGCGUCCACUGUGGAGAUAGAACGGAAGGCAGAAAUAGUGAAGAAGGAGCUAGAAGGCCGUUGUCUCUUCGCUGCUGCUGGCUGGUGGACCUACGAGGUUUGCUACGAGAAAGAAGUGCGCCAAUUCCACCAAGAGCCAGACGGAUCUCGUCCAAGCGACUGGAGUAUGGGCGUGUACGUGCCUGUCACACAGGAUAGAGACACUGGCACUGAUGUUGUACAGUACUUUGCUGGCGGUCAGCACUGCGAUGAGAACGGCGAACUACGCAGCACUAAAGUGGUGUAUACUUGCUGCAAGUCUCGUCCUAAAGAGCUGUCAGUGGAGAAGGUCGACGAGCCUGCGCUGUGCACAUACCUCAUCACUGCGUGCGUUCCGAGCUUGUGUGAAACAGAACCGGAUGAGGAGCAAGACGUUACUGAGAAUCAACAGAUCCUGGACGUGUGCAAGGACCAAUUCGAUGCUGCACAUGCAGAUGCAGCGUUACCGUCGACGUUUGCCACCUUGCGCUGGUCUACAGUAAUCUCGGAAGAUAGCAGCGAGCUCGACUGGGCUCGACGGAUGCAGUUCACGGACUAAUAUUGGCAUUGUGAUGAUCAUACAUUUACUUGUGCUUGUCAGCUCAAUAUUGUAACAACAGCCAAGAGUAGAUUCGUUGAUUAAUGUUGCGACUGCAGGGUGUGAAGAACUGGUUUUCUAUU